AUGGAGAAGACUACUUUGAUUUUUGUUGGUAUCAUUGCCAGCCUUGUCUCCUUUGCUUCAGCAACACCAGGGAUUGCCACCUUCUACACAAAUUAUGUUCCUUCUGCAUGCUUUGGAAGCCAGGAUCAAGGAAAAAUGAUUGCCGCGGCUGGUGAUGCAUUGUGGAAUAAUGGGGCAGUGUGUGGGAAAAUCUUCACUGUGACAUGCACGGGACCCCGAAAUCCGGUACCACAUCCAUGCACAGGCAAAAGCGUAACUGUGAAGAUCGUUGAUCACUGCCCGGGAUGCCCAUCAACCAUUGAUCUCUCCCGAGAGGCAUUCGCUCUUAUUGCUAACCCUGUUGCCGGUAUCAUUAACAUUGACUACAACCAGUAUGCAUACUUCACUUCCUCAUCAUCUCCAUUGCUUCUUCAGUGA